UUGUCAUUUGCGCCGGCUGCGCUUUGUUUUGAUUACGUACAAAAUGUUGCGUGUUAUUCGAGCCAGUGUCGUUACUCGCUUUUAUUCUGUGAAAACUGCCAAGAAAGAUGCACAAAAAUAUACAGACACAAUUAAUUUACCACGCACCAAGUUUCCCAAUCGUUUAACAGCCGCCAAACGCGAGGAACUCGAACGGCAAAUACUCGAUCACAAGAUCGCCACAGCUUAUCAGCAUCAGGAGAAGCACAAAGGCAAGCCAACCUUUGUGCUGCACGAUGGACCACCUUAUGCCAAUGGCCAGCUGCAUAUGGGACACGCUGUCAAUAAGAUCCUCAAGGACAUCACAUUGCGGCAGCGUGUGGCACAUGGACAGCAGGUGAACUACAUUCCAGGCUGGGAUUGCCACGGACUGCCUAUUGAGCUGAAAGCCACAAAUGCUGCCGCUGUUGCUGCUGGCGAGCAAAGUGCUCUCGAGAUUCGUCAGAAAUCUCGUGCCUUUGCGUUGGAGGCCAUUGCAUCACAGCAGCAGGACUUUCGCAGCUGGGGCAUUUUGGCCAGCUGGCAGCCAGAUAACAUAUACUUAACAUUCAAGCCAAGGUUCACUGCCAACCAGCUGCAAAUGUUUUACAAUCUAUACGAACGUGGUUUGGUCUAUCGUGAUCUCAAGCCCGUCUAUUGGUCACCCUCUUCCAGAACCGCACUGGCGGAAGCGGAGCUGGAGUAUGAUGCCAAUUUCAUCAGUCCCUCUGUAUACCUGAGGUUCGCCUUGAAAGGAUUGCCAACGACUGACAAGCAAAUCUUUGCCUUGGUCUGGACUACAACGCCUUGGACGCUGCCCAGUAAUCAGGCCAUUUGCUACAACAGUUCCUUGGAGUAUGUGCUAGUCAAGCUGUCGAAUCGCAGUCCAGAUGAACUUUAUCUCAUGGCCUCGGCACUCGUGGCGGACUUUGAGGCAACGACUCAACUGAAAUGUGAGAUUGUGCAGCGAUUUUCAGGCAGCGAUUUAAGCAACUGCAGCUAUCAGCAUCCCAUAGACAAAUCCCAGACAGCGCUGCCCUUCUUUGAUGCCGCGCAUGUGCAGGACAGCAAAGGCACUGGAUUGGUGCACACGGCGCCCGCUCAUGGUCCGGAUGACUUUCUGAUCAGUUUGGCCAACAAAUUGUCGGUGAAAUGUUAUGUAAAUGAAGCUGGUGUUUAUACCCAAGAGGCGCCUGAGUUUCUGCGUGAACGAUCUGUGCUGGGCGAAGGCAAUACGCUCGUGUUGCAACAUCUAGCUGCGGAUGUGGUGCAUGCCUCUCAGCUGCAGCAUUCAUAUCCCAUCGAUUGGCGCACCAAGCAACCUGUAAUUAUACGUGCCAGCGAGCAGUGGUUCAUCAACACAGACAAGUUGAAGGCGCCCGCAGCUGCUGCGUUGGAGCAGGUGGAAAUCUAUCCUCGUGUCAAUGCGGAGGCGAGCAAGAAGGCGAUGCUAACACAGCUGAACAAGCGUCCCUAUUGGUGCAUCUCACGACAACGUGCCUGGGGCGUGCCCAUACCUGUGCUCUACAAGCGGCACAACAAGGAAGUGGUAGUCAGUGAGGCACUCAUCAAACAUCUCUGUACUCUGCUGCACAACGAGGGAUCCAUGGACUUUUGGUGGUCAAAGCCACUAGAGGAAUUAUUGCCUGAGCAGCUGCUAAAGCAACUUGGUUGCAGUGCAACUGAUCUGGUCAAAGGCAGUGAUAUAUUUGACAUAUGGUUUGAUUCCGGCAGCACUUGGUCUGCUGUGCUGAAGGAUAACAAAGUGGCUGAUCUCUAUCUAGAGGGCUAUGAUCAAUUCACCGGUUGGUUUCAAUCCUCGCUGCUUACCAGCAUUGCAGCAAGGAAUUGUGCGCCUUACAAAGCACUCUUUGUGCAUGGGUUUACGGUGGAUGAGAAGGGUCACAAGAUGUCCAAGUCACUGGGCAAUGUCAUCUCGCCCAAGCAAAUCACCAAGAAGUAUGGCACCGAUGCGCUGCGCUGGUGGGUGGCUUCACAUGGCACCCAGCACAUGGCCAUCACAGUGAGCGACAAGUUGCUUCAGCAAUCCGCUGAGAGUUUGAGCAAAGUUCGCGGCACAUUGCGUUAUCUGAAUGGCGUCAUCCAGCAGGGGGAGCAGCAACAGUUGUCACUACAAGAUGCCAGCUAUUUGGACAAGUAUUUACUGCAUCAGCUACUCAAUUUCGAAGAGGAGAUCGAGAAGCUGUACAAUGCCUAUGAAUACAAUCGAGUUGUGGCCUGCAUCCAAAACUUCCUCGCAAAUCAAGUCUCUGGCAUUUAUGUGCAUCUCAUCAAGGAUCGUUUGUAUUGCGGUGAUGAGCAGCAAUUGAAAGUGAUUCGUCACACGUUGACGCAAUGCUACAAACAACUCUGCAAGGCUUUGUGGCCCAUUGCUCCAUUUUUGAUUGAAGAGAGCUGGAGUUACUUUGAUGCAGCUGGCGGCGUUUUUCACGAGCAAACUGUGCAGGGUCUGAAAGAGUGGCAUAAUCUGGAAGCCAAUCAGAUUGUAAACACAGCCUUGGAAGUGAAGCGGAUCAUUAAUCAGCAGGCUGGCGAUGUCAACAGUUGGCAUCUGGCAGUGAACAUCACUUGCAACUCGCAACAACAAUUGGAGCAGCUGUCAGCAUUGAAUGAUGGUAAAUUGAAUGAAGCUGUGGUCAACUCGGAGCUGAGCGAGAUACUCCAAGUGGGCAGCGUGACACUGCAGGCGGAGUUGAACUCUGGAGCAACUGCAGCGAUAGUCAAGCUGAACAGCUCCGAUGCGGCGCUUUGUCCGCGUUGUCGUCGCUUCAACAUAGUGGAGGAAGAGAUCUGCAAGCGCUGUGCGAACAUACUAGCUGUGAAACAGUAG